UAAAAAUAAUUUAUGGACCGUCUUAACCCAUCUUCAAGAGAUUGCAUAGUUCCACUUAUUGAAGAGAAUUCUCCUUGUAUUUGUAAUAAAUAAUAUUUUAUUAAUAGAAACAAACAAACCAGAGAUUGAUCCUCAAUUCUUAAUGCCUUAAUUUACAUAAAUGAUGUAGAAUCCAGAUUUAUUUCUUUAAACUAUUUAACUAGAGUAAUUAAAACAGCUUCAAUCAUCAUAUUUUUCUCAAAUGAAUAAUGUUCCUUUAAUUGCAGAAGAACCUAGAGUCAUGGAUUUAUUCACAUAAUAACUUUUAUAAUAAUAGCUUAUGUUGAAUGCAGCAUUGUUAAACUAAUUCUAAGUAUUUUGAAUAUAAAUUAGGGUGUUGAAAAUAUCAAUUAUAGCCAAACAAAAGAUCUCGGAGAUAAUAAAAUAAAGAGAAAACAUAUCAAAAAAUCACAUAAUCCUUAGUUUAAUAAUGGUAUUCAAUAAUUGUAUAUGAAAGGUCAUUGGAGUGCUUAGGAACAUUAAGUCUAUCUAACAUUUUUGUUAUAACAUAGAGAAGUUAUGGAAAGUUCCGAGUUAAAAAAAACAAACAAAAUUUUUAAACUAAUGUCAGAUAUCAUUAAGUCUAGAUCUCCUUCAUAGUGUCGUUCACAUCAUUAAAAAUUUAAUCCUUAUUCCAAAUAUUUAGUUAAUGUAAUUUAUUGAGAUAAUUUAGAAUAACAUUGUUAGAAGAAAAAUGAAAGAAUAAAUGUUGAAUGAUUCCUCAAAUUUAAAAUAGUUUCAAUCUGAAAUCGAUAACAUUUAACAAUAAUCUUAAGACUCAAAUGAUUAAAAGUAGUUUAAAUAAUAGCAACAAGAUUUAAAUCCUAAAAUUGAAUCAUAAUAAUAGUUAUAAGAAUAGUAUGUUAAGGAUGAUUAGUAAUAAGUUAAUGUUUAAGAAUGA